AUGUCUACCGAGGUCAUCAUCCCCGGGACUCCGGAUGUCCAUUUAAAAGACGACCAGGUACUUUCAAUAAUAAAAGAAGACAACUGUUCCAUUGAUGUCGUCCACAACAAUAAAAUCAAGCAAGGUGACCUUGACACACCACCUUCCCCUGGUUCACUAAAUCCACCGCCUCCCUAUUCUAAAUGGGAUGAGCUGAGCAUUGAACAAUUACUUGAAGAGAGUCGUGAAGUACUCCUCGGUCAUACCGAAUAUUUGGCAAAUGGUGGUGGUGAAAAAAAUGGUGAAAUGAUUAAUAAGUUGGAAGUUUCAACUCAAGAAAUUGAACGAAAAGAAUUCAUAAAAAUUAAUAUGACGCAAUUAGAAUCCCUUGUAUCAUCACUGCAAUCCAUCUUGAGUGAUCAAACAUUCGCCAUGCAUGAUCUGAGAUCACAAUUGUCAGAUAUACAAACCGUUCUCAAAAAGAUGCAAGACAAACAAGACACCAUGACGAGUGAAGAAGUUAUGAAACAAGUGGUCACAAUGAAGGCUCUUACCGAAAAUAUCAUGCAAUCAAGUGAGAUCAAGAAACAACUGGAUGCGAGCAACGCCGCAAAGCUUGCUGCAAUCAAACAACAACAAUUGCAUCAACAAGAGGUCGUCGUGGCUGAAAAUAUAAAGUUAGAUGAUAACAAGAUCUUACAAACAUCCUCAUUAGAAGAAUUUCAUCUCCCUUCAACGCAUUCAUUAUCUGCGAUCUUAUUGGCACCUCCUGGUAAUUUGCCAAUUCAUUCAAUACCUCGUGCGGUGUCAAGGCAGCCAUCCCGAGCUGUUUCCCGUGCACCUUCACGUAAUCCUUCAAGACCUUCCUCAAGAACCACUUCUCGAACCGUUUCACCCUCUAUCACCCCAGUUUCCUUGUCACGUACAUCGUCAAGGAAUAAACUUGAAUUACCUUCAUCGGAAUCUUUUAAUAAAAUUCACACCAUAAAUGAAAAUUGUGAGGAAGAUGAUGACGAUGAAUCUUUUGUUGAAGACCCACAGUAUGCUCGAAUGCUUAAGAAUAUUAGCUCAUUAAUCUAUGAAGCCACAGAAGCUGUUGAACUUCCGCCACCAAUUGUAAUGAAUAGUCUAAGACCCGAUAAUGCAGAAUUUGCAAAGGAAGGCAGAUGGCCAAAGAAACAUAAACGAACAAAGAGUGAUUGUAACAAGGAAGAUUUCUUAAAGAGUUUAAGUUCCUUUGACAAUAGCAUGACAGGUUUGGCGAAUCUCGUUGCGGGUUUAACUGAAGAGCUUCCAGAAGAUGAAGGUGACGCGAUUAAUGGAAUUCAAUACAGGGUUUCUACCAACGAUCUAAUUAAUAAUCCAAGUUCGGACGUUCCAGAUUUAGAUGAUUUUUCGCAACAAUGUCGUCUCCUUACACGUGCGCUCAUCCUUCCUUUCUUACAUGCCACCCACUCCUUUAUGUCCGAAUCACUUCAAACCACCAGUAAUGUACAGACACCUAGAUCGGUAACGAGCACGACUCGAACUUUUAUGAACUUGAUGUACUGGACAUUUUUAUUCACCCUCGGAUCCUUAGUUUUAGACGCAUGGUUAUGUGAAGUAGCCGGGCGCCAAGUGAUUCGUAUGGUUGAAUUAUUAAAACCUGGUCAACCUUUCGGUAUUAUUCCUAGUGGAUAUGGUGGGGUAGAAAAGGAAGUAGUAGGAAGUGGAAAGGGUUGGUUGAAGGAAGGAGCACGAUUCUUGACGGGUGGUCGUUGGAGUACGAGAUCGACAGUAGGACGAUUCGAAGAUGAGGAGUGCAGUGAGGAAAGUGAUGAAUGGGAGAUUGUAGAUUUUGAUAGUAGUGACGACGAGGAGAGUGUAUCGGAAGAUGAUUCUGAGGAAGAUCCCGCCUUAUUGCUGCGACGGCGGAUUACGAAUGAACGAUUGAGGCGUGCUGGACACGUAAAAAGCACUCACGAAAACUAUACAAAGAAGGGAGAGAUAAAUGCUGUCAACAAUGACGCGUUCUCAGUCAAAGAAAAAACGUGUAAUAUACAAGAUGAAAGUAAAAUAUCAACAGAACCACAAAGUGUUCGACGAGUGCGUAGCGUCGUACUUCGCAAGCCAAAACGUAAUGGACCAUUUGGUGGUAGUGGAGGAUUUUGGGUCAUGAAUACUCGUAAGGUUCGAACAUUAAGUAAGAGCAAGGACAAUGACGUUCUUAAAAGUUCUAAUAAAUCUAGCUCUAUAAAAAAGAAAAUUUCAAAAUCGAGUCCUAAUCAAAAAAGAACGUGGUAUAUUUGA